CGGAAGUGCUUAUGUGGCCUAAAAAUGGAUGUCAACAAAUCUAAUUGAAAUUAUCUGUGAAUAUGGACAAACCAGUGCACAUCUCCAAUUCAAACAAGUUUGACCAGUGGCUAGAGACCAUAACUCGUGAGUUUUGUGACUUAGAUACGGGCCAACGUACACAAACUUUGGAUCGCCUCAUCAGUGUCAGUGACUCGAGCCAACUAUUCCAUCUUACACAACAUUUAGAAACUUACUGUAAGAGAGAUUUUCUGCGCCAACUGCCAAAUGAACUAGUUAUUCAGAUUCUUAGUUACCUAGAUGCGUCUUCUCUUGAUGCGUGUUGCUUGGUUAGUCAGACCUGGUACAAUGUCACGACCUCUUGCGAUAAAGUAUGGAAAUCUAUAUGUGAGGUUAAUGGAAUCGCCACAAAGGAGAACAAAUCCAGUACUAGUCAGUAUCACAUGAACUUAUACCAUAGAGUCAAGUUGAAGCUUGAAGCAUUACAAAAUGGGACAGCAUUUGAGUACAUAACCUUAGAGGGUCACAAUGACCGAAUUAUGGCCAUGGAUUAUAGCAAUGGUAUCUUAGCAACUGGUUCAGAUGAUCACUCUGUAAGACUAUGGAAUGCUUCUACUGGUAAAUGCAUCAAAGAUAUAAAAACAGGUCACUCUGUAUCUGCCCUAAAGUUCCAAGGCAGCUACCUGGUGACUGGCUCCUACAACGCCACUACUACUCUAUGGAAUAGCCAUACUGGAGAAGAACGUGGUUUGUAUGCAGGACAUGUUGGUGCAGUUUUUGCGUUAGAUUUUAAUAAGGAUAUGGACCUCCUUGUUACAGGAUCUGCGGAUUCAUUUACCAAACUAUGGCACAUGUCAACGGAGCAAUGUAUCAAAACAAUUGACAUUGGAAUCCAGCAAUGGGUAUUGAAAGCUCGUAUUUAUGACUGCAAAAAUGAUCCAAAUAAAUUUGGGCUGGUGAUUGAGAACUAUAAUUCGUCAAGUGGACUGAAUUUUUUAACAUUUGAAAUCACUCAGGAUGAUGAAUAUUUGGUAACGAAUCAUCUGAAAUGGCCGAUUUGUCCCGAUAUUGAUUAUGUCUACAUGAAGGAUCGUACAGUAUCAUUCUGUUGUAAAGUUCAUCUCAAGAUCCGAGAAUAUAACAUCAGUGACAAUCUUGACAUCGACCACACCUGUUAUGACAUCAUCAACGAUCAUCUCCGCCCCGUUGAAGUAUCCACAUUACUUGGAGCUGGGAAAAACUUCAUGCUCUUUGAGGACAUUUUUAGUUCCAAUGGAAAGAUGCUACACGUGGUCUCGAAACAAACGGAGAAGUGUAACGGUAAAAAGGCACUCAACUUAAACCUGAUGGCUAGCUUACCAAGCAAUGCUAGACUCGGGGAAACAACAACUUUGUGUAAUGACAAAUGGUUGAAUGGUUUAGAUGACAGGACAUGUAAAGGCCCUGUGAUGGCAGUAGCAUUAAAGAACUACGAUGCACUAUUGGUAAAAUGGAAAGAUAAAAUCUAAAAAACAACCAUAGAUCCAAGAUCAUAUCAUUGAGAAAGCUAUCACUUAGCUACAGCAAAACCCGUCUCAUGUGAACACUUUUGAAACUAGGUCGAAAUUUUCACAUUUGUUCACUUAGGCUGGUUUUAUUGUUAUUAGUAAGUCCCAGGGACCACAUUCUGAUUACACUUUUUCGGAUUACAAUAUUGACAAAAGCAGCUGGGCUGCUUUGUAUCCAACUAGUCAAUGAUUUUCAGGAAUAUUUGGCUGAGAUAUCUUAUUCACUCAACUGUAUUGAGUUUAACAGAUCAAAGUGUAAGAUUUUUCAAAAUGACAUCCCUUCAAAUAAAUGAAUAUGUAUAAGUUUCUUGAUAAUUUAAGUGAAAUUAGGGAUUUUGGCUCUAUUGAGGUAUUUGGAUUGGUUGUACUGUAUUUUGCAAAGCUUUUAUUUUUACCUCACCUACGUGUAACUUUUCUGCCGCAUUGUGCUCACUUAUACAUUACAAAGUCUAGGUACAAGCCGUUGCGACCCCCCCCCCCCCCAUUACGCACCACCACCGAAAGGUGUUGAGGUAGAUAGUGGGGUCCAGAGAUUUGAAGCAAGAUUAUACAUUACCUUGACUAGAUUCAACCUUCUAUAUAAUAUCUGCCUAUUAUACCUCAUGUUUUGAUAGACUUUAUAUCUCUAUAGUCGCCCCCUUCCCCUAUGGGAUUGGAACCUGGAACACAUAUUUAUUAGGUCACCAAAUUUUCUGUUCCCAGUGUUUGAUGGUUGGUGUUCAGCUAUUGGAAUCUGUAACAAGUGCCAAGUGGUGACAUUUUGCAUGUUA